CUACUGGCAAAUUAUGCCAGGCAGCCACUCACACUGGAUAAUUCAGGUUUAUUCUGGGAAUUGAACUUCAAUUUGGACUUUUCUCUUGUGUUUGAUAAGAAAGUAGAUCUGUAUUGUCUCCAAGCAACAGUUUCAGCGGGCAGCUCCUUCUGAAGCCUGGCUAAGAUGUGAAGAUCUGAAGUGGAACCUUCCUGAAGACAUUGCUAUUGAUGCUGUGCAUACUUCAGCAUCAAUUCCUGACUGCUCGUUACAAACUCUCCUUGGAAGCACCUUGGAUCACCAUUACUAGAUCUGUUUCAUGCUGCUUGUAUCUCCAGCAUGUCAGGCCCUCUCCAAUUUUUAAAUCACUCAGAUCCAGCAAGGCUUACGACUGGCCAAAGCAAAGGGCUUCGCGAGGCUAAGCCAUCAAAAGUCAAGCAUCUAUCAGCUCACACAUCUCAGAAAAAUAGCCCAGAGGUUUGUGUUGAUCCACCUGUUAAAAUGGUUCCCACCAAGAACCCAGUGAUGUACAACAAAAGAGCAGCUAAUCCAGUCCAUCCUGACCUUGCUGGUUUGCUGGUGAAAAACAAGAAUCUUUUAGCUGAGCUAAGAAAUCUUCAAAACAAGCUCUUCAUAAAAGAAACUUCAUUGCAAGAGUUGAAGAGUGAGCUAGAAAGUUACAAAGAAAAUAAUGUGCAGCAGUCUUUCCAGAUAAUGUCCCUGAAGGAGGAUAUCAAGGACCUGGAGGAACUUACUGCUUCUCUAACCAGAAUUAAAUCUUUGAAAAAUAUCAAUAUUCAGAAUCUUGAAAGAGGCAACUGGAACCUAACUGAAAGAAUUAUAGAAAUGGAAAACAAUCUAAGAGUCCAUCUCUUUGAAAGAGAAAAGGCAGAGUGGAAAGCAGGCCUUUUGGAGAAAAAGUUAGCAGGUGCUAAUGGAUUCACCCAUCAUAUGAAUAUGAAAGGUCAAGAAGAUUCCUUAUAUAGUUUUAUAAUGAAGGAUAAAGGUGAAGCUAUCCUGACCAAGAACUUGGAGAGAGACAACAUUUUUCACUCUGAAGGACCAAAAGAUGGCCAGAAAAUUUGGGAUGAAUGUCAGCAAGAUUCAAUCCCUAAGGAAAAACAAAAACAUGAGUUGGGCAGACCUUCAUAUUCAUCUGGCUGGGAAACAAAAACUGCACCAUCUCAAAAUCAGACAUUCAUCAGUCAGUUGGCUACUCUUCUGAGCAACAAUAUUGUGCCCACACUAGCCACAGAGGAAGCUGUGAAAGAGAGGAUUCAGGAAAUUGGUGCAAAUGAGCAGUCUUGGAAGUCUAUUUCUGCAAAGGAAAACUCUGGGACUAAGAAUUCAUGGAUAGCAGCACAUGGCAAGAUGGCCAAACAGCUCGAGAAAGACAAUGAGCAACAAACACUAUUGAAUAUUCAGCAGAAUUUGCAGAUUGCUACUACUCAAAGAUUAGAGGAGAAAAUUCAGAAACUUCAGAAACAGCUGAGUGAUUUGAAAUUGUCAAAUAAAAGUAUGAAAACUCAACUGACAAGAGUAAAUGUCCUGAAGGACAAAACAAUUGAAAAGCUCAGGCAAUCUUUAACGAAAGUUGAAGCAACACAAGGAAAGGCAGGUGUGAAAACAGACAACUUGAAAACUGCAGCAGACUCUGCCAAGAAAGAGGCCAGAGGAGAGAAAGAGAAAGCCCAUCAGAUGUUAGAUGCUGUCACUCUGGAGCUCGGCACAGCAAAGAGAACGCUUGAUAAAGUAUCGGGACCACAAGAGCUUACUGAUUUUCGAGAAAUUAUUAUGAAGAUGUUGGGAUUUAACAUGAGAACUGCAGACAAGGAAAUCAUCAAUCACCUAAGGCUUAUUAUACAAGAUUAUGAAGCAUCUGACAAAUCAAAGAUCAUUUCUCACUCUGAGACUGGACAGGAUAAUGAAUAAAAAAGUUCUGUCUUUUCAUUGCUGCCGUAGAUAUGGACAUCUCCUCCAGCAUCUUGAAUGUGGUUACGUUAUGAAUAAAAUGCAUUGGGAAUUUUUCACUUGAAAAAUUCUCUUCUUUGAUAUUUGGCAUUUAA